AUGGUCUCUGCCUCUGCUACACAGCCCAAGCUUCGGUUCGUGCAGCCACCCUCCUCCUCCCCGUUGCCUCAAUUUGAAGCUCCUAAUAUCAGUGUGGAUGGAUCUUGUAAUGAGCAGAAACUGGUUAAAAACAAACAUGCUUGCUGUGUUUCUCCUCCACCUCCUCCUUCGACUCCUCAUACAUCUCCUUCUCCUCUACCUCCUCCCCCUUAUAUUCUUCAUUCUCCUUGUCGACCUCCCCAUCAUAUUCCUCUGUCUACUCCUCCUCAUGCUCCUCCUCCUUCUCUACCUCAUACUCCUCCACCUCCUUCACCUCAUAUUCCUCCACUUACUCCUCAUCAUACUCCUCCACCUCCUCCUUCACUUUCACCUCCAUCUCCUUGCCCUUAUAUUCUUCCUGCUCCUCCCCCACCUCCUCCUCCCCCUCCUCAUAUUCCUCCAUCUACUCCUCUUACUCCUCCUUCUCCACCUCCUAUUCCUCCUCAUACUCCUCCACCUCCUCCUUUACUUCCUCCUCCACCUCCUCCCCCUCAUAAACCUACAUCUACUCCUCCCACCUACUCCUCCUCAUAUUCCUCCAUCUACUCCACCUCCUAUUCCUCCUCAUACUCCUCCACCUCCUCCUUCACUUUCAACCUCACCAUCCAUCUCCUUCCCCUUAUAUUCGUCCUGCUCCUCCUCCACCUCCUCCUCCCCCUCCUCAUAUUCCUCCAUCUACUCCUCAUACUCCCUCUUCGUCCUCCUUAUCCUCCUCAUAUUCCUCCAUCUACACCUCCUCAUAAUCCUCCUCCUUUUCCAUCUCAUAUUCCUUCAUCUACACCUCCUCAUACUCCUCCUCCUUCUCCACCUCCUAUUCCUCCUCAUACUCCUCCACCUCCUUCUUCACUUUCACCUCCAUCUCCUUCCCCUCAUAUUCUUCCUGCUCCUCGUCCACCUCAUCCUCCCCCUCCUCAUAUUCCUCCAUCUACUCCUCCUCAUACUCCUCCUUCUCCUCCACCUACUCUCCCCAUGGUCCUCCUUCUCCUCCACCUCCCCCUCCACCCCAUACUCCUCCUCCUCAUACUCCACCUCCUCCUCUGUAUCUUCUCUCAGCACCAUCACAAACAGCAGUAG